GGCUGUUCGAUCUUCCCCCAAAAAAUCGUUAUUCUCACUGGUGAUUUUGGCACAUUUCCCUACAAUUCGAUCUCGCAUGUUUCGAAUCAGCUGUGCCGACUCGCUCACCAAUUACUCCGGGUAUUUUCCUGGCACUAGCUAUUUAAACCCGCCGGUGGCCCACUCCCAUUCAUUCGUAAACCCUCUCUCAGCGCGAUUAUCAUGUUGAAAAAAAAUUCCAAAGGGACCAAAUCCUAAAACAAUGAAGAUAGCCACGAGUUUCAACUCCAAAGUGCCCGAGGGCAAGCCCUUAUGCCAGUAUCUGGCGGCCUUCACCGGGACUUUGACAAUCGUCACCAGCGGGAUGCACUACGGCUGGCCCUCGCCCUCGUUGCCGGUCCUGGAGCGCCUGGAGAACUCCACCUUGACCAUGAAUCACUCCGAGGGCUCCUGGAUGGCCGUCAUGCCCCUGUUGGGGGCCCUCAUCGGUUCGCUUCUCGCCGCCACCGUCGUGGACAUCCUCGGCCGCAAACGUGCCAUCCUCCUCACCUGCUUCCCGUUCUUCGCCGCCUGGAUAAUGAUCGCCUUCUCGCACUCCCUUACCAUUUUAUACAUCGCUCGUUUUAUCGCCGGCAUCGCCGACGGUUGGGCCUUCACCGCCGUCCCCAUGUACAUCGGCGAGAUCGCCGCCCCCAAAAUCCGGGGCCUCCUCGGUUCGGGCGUUUCCACGUCCUGGAUCUUCGGUAUUCUCCUCAUCAACGCGAUUGGGUCCUACUUGAGUAUCACAAUAACGGCGCUAGUCUCCUCCAUAGUCCCAAUUUUGACACUUUUAACCUUCGUUUGGAUGCCCGAAAGUCCGUAUUAUCUAGUCAUGCGAGGCCAAAAGGACGAAGCCAAGCGGAAUUUGCAGCGUCUUCGUGGGUUGGAGGACGUGGAGGUUGAGUUAACAAGAGUCAGUUUGGCCGUCAAGGCCCAAACGCAAAACACGGGGAAAUUCCUCGACUUGUUCGUCACGAAGAGCAACAGGAAGGCCGUUUACAUCAUAAUGGCCCUCCGGGGGGCCCAGCAACUCAGCGGCACCACCGCCAUCACCUUCUACACCCAACACAUCUUCAAAGAGGCCGGAGACGACAUCUCCUCCGAACUCGCCACUGUUAUCUACUUCUCCGUCCAAUUCCUCCUCACGAUUUUGUGUUCAAGUAUCGUGGAUAAAGCCGGCAGGAGGCCCCUUCUUGUCCUGUCUUUGACGGGUUCGGCCUGCGCCCUCUUCCUCGAAGGCACCUACUUCUUCAUCAAGACGCAAACUGCCAUCGAUGUCUCCCCCUUCACAUGCAUCCCCGUUAUUUCCCUCAUCGGGUUUGUGGUUUUCUUCAGCUCGGGGAUGCAGUCCAUCCCCAUUUUGAUGCUAGGGGAGUUGUUCCCAGCCAAUGUCAAAGCCUUCGCCUUGUGUUUAGCCGAUAUUUACUUCUGUGUGAUGGCCACAAUUGUGUCAAAGUUCUUCCAAAUUGUCAAAGACUCUUUCGGGAUGUAUGUCCCGUUCUAUGCCUUCACCGGAAGUUGUCUCUUGGGGUUGGUCUUCAUCGUGGCGUUCGUACCGGAAACGAAGGGGAAGAGUCUCGAGGAGAUCCAGCAGUAUUUGGGGGGGAAAACAGGAAAGGAGGGGGAGGAGAAGAGCGAAAGUGGAGAAGUGUGAUAAGACUGAUUUGUUGCCUACUUAAUUGUUUUGUAUUUUAUACCGUGAGUUAAACAAUAUUUUUUCUAUGAAAAAAUAAUUUUUAUUAAAUGUAAGUUUGAUAUAGCGA